AUGACUUCACCUGUGCUGCCUUUGAGACUGUGGAAUUGCCGAAAGAGAAGGCAGCUUGCCAACAAAGAAUCUAGGGGACCCAGACUGAAAAAGUUUAAUUUUAGCACCUACAAGUUUCAUGCAAUGGGUGAUUAUGUACGAACCAUCAAGCUCUUUGGUACAAUGGACUCUUUUACCACUCAGAUUAACUUUAUUUUGAAACUGAAGGAUCACAUCUUAUAUUGGCUGAAGAAGUUGGAUGUCAGUCAUUGUGACUAUACAUUUUCAGACAAGGAACACAAUUCAGUCAUCAUUCCUAACUAUAUGGUCUAUGUGGUCAACACCAUGCAGGUACACUACACAACCUACUACAUGAGGUGUGAAUAUGAUACCAUUAACCCCAAAACCAACACAGAUAUUAUGGUGCUCUCAGGGGAAACCUCACCUAGCCACCCAUAUUGGUAUGCUCAUGUACUGGGUAUUUACCAGUUAGACACAUGGAUCGAAGGUAGUCAAACUGAGAAACACCACCUCACAUUCCUCCAUGUCAGGCCGUGGCAUAACUUCACUAUGCCAUGGAAAUUCAUUAGCAUGAGCCAAGGAUGA